GCGCGCGCGGAGGAGGGGCUCGUGCCAAGUUCCUGACAGUUCGCGCACUCCGAUUUAAAGACCAGCAUCAUAGUCACUGCAAAGACCACCCGAAUGAACUUACACAGCCUGUGAAGAACUAAAAGAAAAAGGGUAGUCGAAGUUAAGCCGGGGAUUUGUUUCGGACGUUUGGACGGCGUUUUUGAGAAUCUGUGGCGUUCCUCUGGCGCGCAGGCGGAGCGGCGCGCGCUCAUCAUCGGCUCAGCAGAGCUGUCAUGCUGCCUAAAGUCGAGUCAGAAUAUCUGGGACUCGCUCGAUCGCAUGGGGAACAGGGGCAUAUGCCUGGAAACAUGCAAGCCCCACAGUUUAAAAUGAUGGACUACUCCUACGACGAAGACUUGGAUGAGAUGUGUCCAGUGUGUGGAGACAAGGUGUCCGGAUAUCACUAUGGGUUGCUGACCUGUGAGAGCUGUAAGGGCUUCUUCAAGCGCACGGUGCAGAACAACAAGCGCUACACAUGUAUAGAGAACCAGAGCUGUCAAAUAGACAAGACCCAGCGGAAACGUUGCCCCUACUGUCGCUUCCAGAAGUGCCUCACGGUCGGCAUGAAACUGGAGGCUGUGAGAGCUGAUCGAAUGAGAGGAGGUCGCAAUAAGUUCGGCCCCAUGUACAAGCGAGACCGGGCGCUCAAGCAACAGAAGAAAGCCUUGAUCCGGGCCAACGGACUCAAGCUGGAGGCCAUGACUCAAGUCAUGCAAACCGUCCCAGCAGACCUCACCAUUACCUCUGCCAUUCAGAACAUCCAUUCAGCCUCCAAGGGGCUUCCACUGAGCCACCAUCACCACCACCACCACCAUCACCACCACCACAGCUCCUCCAGCGCAGGCCUGCCACCUGCAGACUUUGACCGCAGCCCCUUCGUCACUUCACCAGUCAGCAUGGCCAUGCCACCUCAUGCCGGAGCACUGCAAGGCUACCAAGCGUACGGUCACUUUCAGAGCCGCACCAUCAAAUCAGAAUAUCCCGACCCCUACACAAGCUCACCAGAGUCCCUCAUGGGCUACCCAUACGUAGAAGCCUACGCAGGCGGAUCGCCGCCCUCCUUCCCUCACCUAGUGGUGGAGCUGCUCAAGUGUGAGCCAGACGAGCCCCAGGUGCAAGCCAAGAUCCUAGCGUACCUGCAGCAGGAACAGGCCAGCCGAGGCAAGCACGAGAAACUCAACACUUUCGGCCUAAUGUGCAAGAUGGCCGACCAGACACUGUUCUCCAUUGUAGAAUGGGCCAGGAGCAGCAUCUUCUUCCGGGAACUAAAGGUUGACGACCAAAUGAAGCUUCUCCAGAACUGCUGGAGCGAACUCCUCAUCCUGGACCACGUUUUUCGGCAGGUGAUGCACGCCAAAGAAGGCUCCAUCCUCCUGGUCACGGGGCAACAGGUGGAUUACGCUCUAAUUGCCUCCCAAGCCGGUGCCACGCUCAACAACCUCCUGAGUCACGCGCAGGAGCUGGUGAGCAAACUGCGAUCCCUCCAGCUGGACCAGAGGGAGUUUGUCUGCCUCAAGUUCCUGGUGCUGUUCAGCUUGGACGUGAAGAACCUGGAGAACUUCCACCUGGUGGAGAGCGUGCAGGAGCAGGUAAACGCGGCGCUGCUGGACUACGUGAUGUGCAAUUACCCUCAGCAGACGGACAAGUUCGGCCAGCUGCUGCUGCGGCUGCCGGAGAUCCGCGCCAUCAGCCUGCAGGCCGAGGAGUACCUGUACUACAAACACCUGAACGGAGACGUGCCCUGUAAUAAUCUACUCAUAGAGAUGCUGCACGCCAAACGUGCCUGAGAACCGGCCGCAUCUCCAAACACACACCCCGCGCGCACACACACUGCUCCAGCACCACCUCAGUCCAGCGUCAUACACACAUAGCCUUCCAGAUACCUACAAACGAGUGCGAGAUGUGCACCGAACGCAUGGGUUUGCGCUGGGUGGACAUCUGGAUCUGAAAAGCUGAAGGCGAGGGUUGGGCUCAGUGCAUUUCUGCUGGAGAUGCCAGUGUUUAAUGACCUCUAGGCUGUGGAUUUGUUCAAGUGUUAAAGUGGAAGCAGUCCUUAUUUGUUUCUGUGCAGCUGAUCCAAACGUCCACUUUACAGUCAGACUCGAGGAAAGACUGGGUUUUCCAGCGGUGACCCGAAGUUUGGCCGUUUGGCCCUUCUUUGUCUGUUUUAAGGCACACAAGCUGGGCCCGAGCCUGUAGGCGGAGGAGGAUGGACAACUAGCCAUUGCCUGCAUCUGCGCCAAUUAUAAAGACUUUUAUUCCAACCCCUCACCAAAAAACUCAACAAAACAAUGUGUUUCUCCUUUCAAAUUGGCAGUUGUUUCUUCUUCUUAGUCACUCUGAGGCUGCUUUUUGACAUCAUUGCUUCUGCAAAUGUGAAGAAAAAAAUGGGAAAGUCACAAAAACUGUCAAGAAUUUUUCCAUGUUUUAUAUGAAAGUCUUGAAAUAGAGAUGAGAAAUUAUAGUUUGAGCAAAGAUACUGAUGUCUGAUAUCAAAAUUAUUAUUUAUUUUAAUUGUAAAGUACAUUUUGUCAUAAAAUUAUUUAUAAACCUGAAGACGCCAAAGUAAAAUCCCAAUAGGUGAUGAAACAAAAUAAUUCAGUUAUUAUAUGGGAAUAUUAAAUAGAUUUGUUUUAAUUAACCAUUUAAAAUUACAAUUAACUUUUUUUUUUUUUUGGAAA